AUGGAGGAAGACCGAAUGAGCCAACUCCCCGAUGAUAUUCUUCUUCUCAUCCUCGACAAAAUGGACACAUUUGAAGCGGUGAAAACCAUGAUUCUCUCCAAGAGAUGGAAAAACCUGUGGCGUUCCGUCUCCGCCCUCCGCUUCCGCCUCCGCGUGGACAGCCCGGGCUGCUUCGUAACCAAAAUACUCUCUCAGUGCCAACGUGUCUCCCAAUUUCUCUCUCACCGCGACGCCGCAGCCGCCGUCCACGACUUCCACCUCUCCGCGGACGGCCCGGGCUAUGUUUACAGAGAAUUCUUGGAGGAAUGCUUGCUCUACGCCAUCAACCACGGCGUUCAGUCCCUCAGCAUCGCGUCCGACAACUGCCACCUGAGGCUUCCCGCAGCGUCUGAGACGCUGCGGGAGCUCGAAAUCCGGAAUGGGUUCGGCUCGGUUAAACUACCCGGACGCCUAUCUUUACCAAAUUUGAAAACCAUUCAUCUUCUCACCUUCAAGGUCCUCGGCGAUGAUCACCGUAAGAUAGACCCCUUUUCCGGCCUCCCACAGCUGGAGAAGCUUACUCUCACCGAUAACUACUCUCAUGACCUUGUUAUAAACGCUCCAAAGCUUAGAGCUCUCGAAAUCAAUCAAAUCAGUGGUCCUUUUUUUGCGAAAGAGAUUUCUGCUCCGUUGCUAACCUCGCUUCGAUACGAGGCUCCUAAAGCUUGGGAAUGUACAAAGGUGGAUCUCCCAGCGUUGGAACACGUCUACUUAGACAUUUAUGAUAUCAGUAGAUACGGCCACUUACGGGAUCUCCGACUUUCAUCAAAUAUUGUAGAAGUCGGAGAUCCCGUGCUACCAAAGACGUCAAAUGUUAAUGAGAGAUCCAAUUUUGACUACUUCUGCUCCGGAAAAAUGGUCAUGCAGCCUGCAAGAAGCUCGGCUUUGACGAGUGGUCUGACAUUGACCGCAACCCUCACACUCUACGAUGAUUCAGAGUUGUUCAUCUUCAGUCAGAAGCUGCCUAGAGCGGAAGAGGCGUGGAGGGUGAGGCGAGCUCACGAGACUUCCAAAUCCAAUUGGUUCUUCAGUCUACUAACAUAUUCCCCGAAUCCAAACACCCUAUCAAAUAGUUUCAUAGAAAGAACUUAA